UUGUUUUAUAAAGAAACAGCUGACUUCGUAUUCGCGGGCGUCAAGGGUAGAUUCAAAAUGGUGGACAUUUUCAGCGCAGUUUUCACCUUUUUAUGGCUAGUUUAUCUCUGGGAAACUUACCUUUCCUACCGUCAGCACAAGCUUUUCAAGAGUACGCGUGACGUCCCAGUAGAACUGAGAGAUGUACUGGACAAAGAAACCUUUGAGAAAGCCAGACUUUACCAACUGGACCGCAGUUCAUUUGGCUUCUAUCAUAGCAUUUAUUCACAACUUGAAAUGAGUCUGAUUUUGCUUCUUGGAGGAAUCCCACUCCUAUGGAAAACAGGAGAAAGGGUUUUGUCAAAGUUUGGCUACUCGAGUGACUAUGAAAUCCUUCAUUCUUUGACGUUUUUGGUAGGAGCAGUGUUAUUCAGUACUGUGACUGAUCUUCCUUGGAGCCUGUAUUCAACAUUCGUUGUAGAAGAAAAACAUGGCUUCAAUAAACAGACCCUCGGAUUCUUCAUAAAAGAUACAAUGAAGAAACUCGUCGUCAUGACAGCAAUCAUGCUACCAAUUUUYGCUGGUUUAAUCUACAUCAUCAAAUGGGGAGGUCAAUACUUUUUUGUCUAUGUAUGGCUUUUUACUAUUGUUGUAACUUUGGUGUUUGUUACAAUCUAUUUGGAUUAUAUAGCUCCUCUCUUUGACAAGUUUACACCUCUACCAGAAGGACCGCUAAAAUCAUCUAUUGAAAAGUUAGCACAGAGUAUAGACUUUCCAUUAGCUAAGCUGCUGGUGGUUGAGGGCUCCAAACGAUCUUCACACAGCAAUGCUUAUUUUUAUGGAUUUUAUAAGAGCAAAAAGAUAGUAUUGUUUGAUACACUGUUGGCUGAUAAUCCAAUCAAGAAAGAAGAGGAGGUGAAAAAGGAUGAGGGUACAGAAGACGGCAAUGAGGAGGAUUCUAAAAAUGAAAUUCCCAACGAUAGUACAACUCCUGAUACAAGCUCAUCUGAAACAACUACAGCCAGCAAGCCAAAAGGCUGUUCAAAUGAAGAGGUACUAGCUGUCCUAGGUCAUGAACUUGGGCACUGGAAACUCAGUCAUAACCUAAAAACCCUUGCCAUAUCUCAGGUUAACACGUUAUUCUGUUUUUUGAUAUUUGGUCUGUUGAUGCACGAGAAAAACUUAUUUGAGAGUUUUGGUUUCCAUGAAUCAAAACCGAUCAUCAUUGGCCUCAUCAUUAUCUUCCAGUUCAUCUUUUCACCAUAUAAUGAGCUUGUAGGUUUCCUGAUGACCAUCCUGAGUCGACAUUUUGAAUUCCAAGCUGACGCCUUUGCCAAGCAGCUUGGAUUUGCUGCGCACCUGAGGUCAUCGCUCAUUAAACUCAACUGCGAUAACCUAGGUUUUCCAAUUGCAGAUAAGCUAUACUCAGCCUAUCAUUACUCACACCCCCCUCUACUAGAAAGACUGAGAGCUUUAGGCCUUAAGGAAGACUGAAAAAUCAUAUAGAUUUUUCAGCUAGAAAGUUUACUCAGUUUAUAAGCUGGGUUCCUGUACCAAUGAGAGUCAAAAAUUCUAUAACUUCAUUUUCUAUAUGUGAAUUAAGUUAACUUAUUUUAUGUUUAACUAAUUCAUACUUUAUUACUAACAGCUCCCUUUAAGGGCACUAUGUGUAUUAUACCAGAUCAGGAGCCCAUUACUAGGAGCAUCCAUGUCCCAUACUGGGUCUGUGAGCCAGCAUAUUCCCAGAUCAGGAGCCCAUUAGUAGGAGCAUCCAUCUCCCAUACUGGGUCUGUGAGC